AUGAAGGUGCGGAAUGGACCAAUGUUGGAUGGGCUAGGGAUAAUGGUCAAAAAGGAUGGGGAUGAACCUCUAUUUGAAGGUGCAUUUCGAGUAGAUGGUGAUCAUCAUCAUAUUCAAACGAAGACAAGUUUUGUUUCUACGAGACAUGAAUUAGAUCCAUCGUUACCGGAUGAAGAGAAGGAAUAUAUGGUUGUAUGGAGGGAUUCGGAUAUUGGGAGUGGUUAUACAGAAGAUUUUGAUGGACUCAUGCACCCCGAAUUGAGAAGAAGCGUACGGGAGGAUCCUUCAUGUUCAGCGGAUGGAUUAAAUUUCAACUCGAUGAAUAAUCCGAUCAACAACUUUGAGCCAAUGGCUAAACGAGAAGAGGGGUUCUGGGGGUCAAUUUCUACACGAGCCAUAUUCGGACGACAAAUCGAUACGCAAUCAGGUGGUAAUUCUGCAGGAGUUAAUCUUACCACAACUAUUGGAUCCUCAGCUGGAUGUCCUUCUACACGAAAAGUAGCUCUUGUGGGAAUAGCAACCGAUUGCACAUAUACGGCUGCUUUUAACUCAACCGAAACGGCUCGAGAGAACGUAAUUCAAAUUAUCAACGCUGCCUCUGCACAAUAUGAGGAUAGUUUUAACAUUACGCUAGGUUUGCAAAACCUUACCGUCAGCGACGCCGCGUGUCCUGCUACUGCAGCCGCUUCAGCUCCUUGGAAUGUGGGAUGUAGUGAUGGUGUUACGAUUCAGGAUCGUUUGAAUCUAUUUUCUGCAUGGAGGGGUGAAAGAGCCGAUAAUAAUGCUUAUUGGACCUUGCUUAGUACUUGUCGUACUGACAGUCUGUGA